AACAAGAAAUUGUCGUCGAUGAAGAAUCUUCAAUUUCAAAGCUUUGAAACCGAGAGGAUCCAUCCAUGGCGAUGGCGACCACCAGUAGUUCCCUCGCUCUAUCCUUCUCAAGUCUCGAAAUCUCUUCGCUUUUCGUCUCCCGACGAACCCUUCUUCGCAAGAACACUCCUUCGAUCAGAUUCAGUGAGGCCCAUGUUGUCAAACCAGCGAUUCGUUCGAGCAUUAUCAGAUUUCCAAUGUCCAGAUCAGUUGGGCUCGUCUCAUGUUCUUCGCUCACCGACGAGGCUUCUUCUUCUGUCGGAGGUUCACCGGUCGGAGAGGAGAGUUUGUCUGAAGAGCCACAAGUUCGAACCUUGACAUGGAACUGGAGAGGUUAUUCGAUACGGUAUCAGUGUGCCGGGGACAGUGGACCUGCAUUGGUCUUGGUUCAUGGUUUCGGUGCUAACAGUGAUCAUUGGAGAAAGAAUAUUCCUUUUCUCGGGAAAUCGCAUAGGGUAUACUCGAUUGAUCUUAUUGGUUAUGGAUACUCGAGCAAACCAAAUCCUCGUGAGUUUGGAGGAAAACCCUUUUACACCUUCGAGACAUGGGGUGACCAACUCAAUGAUUUCUGUCUAGAUGUUGUCAAAGACGAAGCCUUUUUUAUAUGCAACUCCAUCGGAGGGCUUGUUGGUCUUCAGGCAGCGGUUAGUAAGCCACAGAUAUGCAAAGGACUUAUGCUUUUGAACAUAUCACUCCGAAUGCUUCACAUCAAGAAACAGCCGUUUAUCGCAAAGCCGUUCAUCAGGUCUUUCCAGAAUUUGCUAAGGAACUCUCCUGUUGGAAAAUUAUUCUUCAAAAGCGUUGCUACGCCCGAGUCCGUAAGAAAUAUUCUCCGCCAGUGUUACCAUGAUAGAACGCAAGUGACGGAUGAGCUGGUCGAGGCUAUUCUACGUCCAGGACUCGAACCAGGCGCCGUGGACGUCUUCCUUGAGUUCAUCUGUUACUCGGGUGGUCCGCUUCCUGAGGAAUUGCUUCCACUAGUACAGUGUCCGGUUUUAAUUGGAUGGGGAGACAAAGAUCCAUGGGAACCUAUAGAGCUCGGACGUGCCUAUGCCGAUUUUGAUACCGUUGAAGACUUUGUUGUCCUUCCCGGCGUCGGCCAUUGUCCCCAGGAUGAGAGGCCCGAGAUGGUGAACCCGUUGAUCGAAUCGUUCGUGGCAAGACAUUCGAGUUGUACUUCCAACACCUUCGGAGAGAUUUAAAGACAAUGACGAUUCCAAACUCUCUGUUUGGUCUGGAGGCUCAUGAACAAACAGUGUGUCAGCCCUCUCAGUAGUGAUUUAUGGGAGUAGAUGAAAAGCAGUAAAUGUUGUAAAUUGAGGGUUGUUUUCAUUGUUUACAUAUACAGAACCGUAUCUAUGUAUGUACGUGUGUAAAUUCUGAGGUCGUUUAACCUUUCACUGUAUAACCAAA